UUCUCCAGUUCGCCGUGCCUUCUCUCGAGACCCUUCUGGUUCUGGCCUUCUCCUUCCUCCCGAGCCGCUCCACCGGCUCCUCCUCCACCCCGACCACCACGUCCAUGGAUCCCGCGCCGCUCUCCACGCUGCGGGAGGACGGGGAACCCGACGAAUCCUCCUCCUCCCCCUCCGCCGUCUCCGCCGCCGCCGUGCCUCCUCGCCCCGCGACGCACCACUCUCUCCACAAGUACGCGCCGCUGGACUGGUCGGCCUACUUCGACGAGGAGCGCGCCGUCGCCAUCCCCGACACCGACGACGUUUUCAAUGUGUACAUGGCCGGAUCGGAAGGGCCCGUUGUCUUCUGCCUGCACGGUGGCGGCUACUCGGGGCUUUCAUUUGCGCUAGCAGCUAAUCAGAUAAAGGGAAAAGCUCGUGUCGUUGCCAUGGAUUUACGGGGACAUGGGAAAUCUACCACAAGUGAUGAUUUGGAUUUGUCCAUUGAAACUCUUACCAAUGAUGUAAUAGCUGCUAUACAGACAUUGUACGGAGAGUCACCGCCAGCUAUUAUACUUGUUGGUCAUAGCAUGGGAGGUUCAGUGGCUGUACAUGUGGCUGCAAGAAAGGCAUUCCGCAAUCUUCAUGGUCUUGUUGUCGUUGAUGUAGUUGAGGGAACAGCAAUGGCUUCAUUGAUUCAUAUGCAGAAAAUUUUAUUAAAUCGAGCACAGCACUUCCCAAGCAUUGAAAAAGCAAUAGAAUGGAGCGUCAAAGGUGGGCCGCUACGGAACAUUGAUUCUGCACGUGUUUCUAUUCCAUCUACCUUGAAGUUUGAUGAAUCAAAGGAAUGCUUUACAUACCGUACCCCUCUGGAGAAAACAGAGAAGUACUGGAAAGGAUGGUACGAAGGUCUUUCGGACAAGUUCUUAUCUUGUCCUGUACAAAAGAUCCUAUUAUUAGCGGGCACUGAUAGAUUGGACAGGGCUUUAACAAUUGGUCAAAUGCAAGGGAAGUUUCAAAUGGUAGUAGUUCGACACACUGGACAUGCCAUACAGGAAGAUGUACCUGAAGAAUUUGCAUCACACAUAUUGAAUUUCAUAUCUCGCAACAAAAUAGGGCCUAAUGGUGUUGAGAUACCCGGCCUUAUAAAAAAAUGGCAGAAUUAGACAAGGCUAUGGAAGCAGUGUCAAAAGUGUCUAGGAAAAGUGAGGGAUCCUAUCUGUAUCUGUUGUCCUAUUUGUAAUUUUAGAGGAAGUACGUGUGAACAAGAUUCGAGACGAUGCAGCAGGGAUGAGCAGUUGGUUUUGCCACUUGGUCGCGACUUGUCCAUGCCAUGGAUGGUUUUACAAGCGAUUUUUGUGUGCAGUUUGUAAAUAAAGUUUUGAACGAGUGUUAGAAUUGGAAAUGCACUUUUGA